AUGCUGCCGACGCUAGGGAAUGCCAGCGCAAUCAGCCGUGGAGGCGAAGGGGGCGGGGACCGGUCAGGGGAAGAUGUCGAAUGACGGAGGGACUGGAGGCCGGGAUGCAGACUGAGAGAGGCGGCUGCCGGUCUGAUAAAAGAAGGGGAUGCAGAGGCGACUUGCUCCUUUCACUCAUUGAACACGGAUACAGUGUGUGAGUGAACCAAGGCAGGCAAGCAAGCAAGCAGCAAGCAGCAAACGACAUGGUGCCAGGAUCCGAUAUCAAGCCUUGGCUGCGCGAGGCGGCGACCAGCCGGGCCUUGAUCAACGCCACCGUCGUCGACGUGGUCAAGGGCACGACGGCUGCCGACUCGACCGUCCUCAUCUCAGACGGCCACAUCACAUCCGUCACAGCAUCGGCGGACGCCACGAUCCCCGAGGGCUGCGCCGUCGUCGACUGCCAGGGCAAGUUCAUCUGCCCCGGCCUCUUUGACGCGCACGUCCACUUCUGCGCGGUGCCUGGCUUCGCCGACCUGUCCAAGGCGUUUGGCAACCACCGCGACGUGUCGCUACUGCGGCAGCCGUACGUGGCGGCGCAGAUGCUGCACCGCGGCUUCACGAGCGUGCGCGACUGCGGUGGCGCGCAGCUCGCCCUCAAGGAGGCCAUUGCCGAGGGCGUCUUCCGCGGCCCGCGCGUCUUCAUGGCCGGGCACGCGCUCUCGCAGGCGGGCGGGCACGGCGACAUUCGCAGCCCGCACGACGACUCGCUCGAGUGCUGCGGCGGGCACACCAACGGGCUGGGCCGGCUGUGCAACGGCGUGCCCGAGUGCAUGACGGCGGUGCGCGAGGAGGUGCGGUCGGGCGCGGACUUUAUCAAGAUCAUGGGGUCCGGGGGCGUGUCGACGCCGACGGACGCGCUGGAGCACCUGCAGUUCACGCGCGCCGAGAUCCAGGCCAUGGUCGAGUGCGCCGAGAAUGCGUGCACCUUUGUGACGGCCCACGCGUACACGACCAAGGCGAUCCGGCACUGCAUCGACAAUGGCGUCAAGGGCAUCGAGCACGGAAACUUUGUGGACGAGGCGACGGCGGCGCUCAUGGCGGAGAAGGGUGUGUACCUGACACCGACGCUCAUCACGUACAACCAGAUGGCGUCGGAGCGGUGGAGCGGCUACCUGCCACCCGAGUCGCAGGUGAAGAACACAGAGGUGUUCAAGGCGGGCCUGAACGCGCUCCGGGUGGCGUCCGAGGCCGGCGUGACCAUGUGCUACGGCUCGGAUCUGCUGGGACCGCUGGGCGCGGCGCAGACGCACGAGUUCGCCCUGCGCGCGCAGGUGCUCUCGUCCGCCGAGGUGCUCCGGUGCGCGACGGUCAACCCGGCCCGGAUGAUGGGCUGGGGCGACAGGAUAGGGCAGGUCAAGGAGGGCUUCGUGGCGGACGUGCUGGUGCUGGACAAGAAUCCGCUCGAGGACGUGACGAUACUGGACGACCCGGAGACGAACCUGCUGCUGGUCAUCAAGGAGGGCCGCGUGUACAAGAGCCGGUGGGCGCAGUGUGCGGAGGAUGCGGCGGUGCCUGUGCGGGUAAAGGCUGCGUGAUUGUAGAGGUUUGGAUGGACUUGGAGUUAUGGUGAUGAUGAUGUCUGGCUUGGUUACCUGGUAGAUAGCCCCUUUUCCUGGAGCUCAGGGGUAUGUACACAACUUCAUAAGGAUGAUGACUUGCGGUUGCGCUAAGCAUCACAAUCUCUUGAUGAGAUAUUGAUGAAUGAGAGGAGAGCGGCACAAGCCACAUUCCUUGCUUCAUUGCGUAAAUAAUAAUCCAUAUCGGUGCCUGAAUGAGUAGAGAAUCUCCUCCCACUCGGAGGCGGCCGUUAUGAUAGUUAAGCGCUUAUGGGGGCAAGUGGGUCGGUCGGUCGGCUUGUCAGUCGCGACUGCCUAACUAACUACUUUACUUUAUCGCACCUUCCCUUGGACUUGACGCUCAGGAAUUCACACCUCUCACUCUCUACUUAGUCCUAAUCAUCCGC